AUGUCAUUUAGAGCGACGAUUAGGAGUCGUGAGAAGCAGACGUUAUGGUUCAAAACAAUCAGUGCACUCUCUUCGUUACACGAGAAUAUUAACUUUACUCUAACUUCAAAGUCACUCAUUGCAUGGUCAAUGAAUUCCACAGAUACUUGUUUAUCUCAGGCUAUCUUUGAUAAGGGUAUAUUUGAUGAGUUUGAGUUUUCUCCAAAAGAUAUCAUAUUCGGUGAAACUGGUUUACAGAGAGUAACAGAUGUACGGGGUCAAGAUCAUUGGCUGUACUCAUUUCAAACAAAUGGUAAGCAUUUGACUACAAUAUCAAAAAACAUGGAUAAUGAUAGUAUAGAAAAAUUCACAUUGGUUAUAAAUAAUACUGCUAAUUGCCCAGAAAAUUUGACAAAUAGAUUAAUGGUGUCAGUAGAGAUGGAAACAUUGAUAAUCAAAGAGUACUCCCCGCAAUUUCAACCAGUGAAAUAUGACCCCAUAAUUAUUAAUUUGAAGUAUAAGAAGAAGUUUUUAGACGUUUACAGCAAUUUCCCUUCUGAAAAUCCAUUAGACCCUAAACUUAUCAAAGUGUUUGCAAAGGCUGAUAAGGAACUAAAUGAUACAAUGUUUAAUGUCAAUUUGGAUUCUGGAAUUCCUAAUAAAGAUAAAUUAACUUCUGUUGAUGAAAUAAAUUAUGUCUGUUGUCAUCAGAUUAUUUUAAGAAACGUUUUAGAAAACUGCAAUAGCAGUGUUACAGAGGAGCUAAAAUUGGAGAUAAAUAUUAAUAAGUUUAUUGUCACUGCGUUUACAAAAGCUGUAUACGGAAAAAAUAACGACUUACUAAGAAAUGCUAUCAGUAUGAGCAAUACGAUCAGCACUUCAAAUUUGGAGCAUUACUGCUUAUUCACUACUGUCGAUGAUACCGAUGCAGAUGAGAAUUCUUCGAACAACCCAAAAAAGAAUAAUAAUACCAAAAAAUUGAUUACAUUCAAAUUGAAAUAUUUCAAGAACUUUUUAAACAUAUUAGCACCACAAAAAGGAUCAUCAUUUACAAAUGAAACAAUUAAUAUAUGGUUUUGUCAUCCUGGAGAUCCAAUUUUAAUGGAAAUAAACAUACCAGGUAUCAGAUUAGAAUUGGUUCAGGUAACCGAUGGAAAUGACUUGACCUCUGAAACUGUUAAGAAUACUCCAAUGACUAUAUCCAUAUCUCCAGAAAAGGAUAAAGUUUCUGUUAAAAAUCCAAUGAAAAGUAACAUGAUUCAAAAUUUCAAUAAUGGCAGCAUUAUAAAUAAUUAUAAUAAUAAAGACAGCACCAAUGGCAGCCCAAUAAGACAAACUAUGAGCCCACUUAAAAAUUCAGCAAUCUUAAAGGAACAACCAAACAGAAGUCCUUCAAAACCUUCCAGCAUGAGAAGCUUAUUUGUUAACGAACUGUCACAACAAUCUACUGAAAGUGGUGCUAUUCUUUCGAAUGCUGGGAAAUUAGCUUCUGGCACUGUUACAGAUACAAUGCGUAAUGAAGACUCUGGAUUCCCAGCUCUUGCAGCUCAAAGGUCAUCUACUGUGAUCAAAUGGGGUAAAAGGCCGCAACUACAAGAUUCAGAUUCUAACAUAUAUUCACCAAGUUACUCACAAAGAAAACUUAAUGACAAAGAAGCUCUGAAGAUAGAGAAAAAAAAGUUUAUAAAUAAACUAAACAACGUUGAGUCUCAAUCAAAAGAAAAAGAAGAUAAUGGUUUAGGACCAACUCAACAGGAUGUUGUGAAAGGUUUAUUCGAUUAA